GGAGACAGCGGGAAACUCGAGGCGUCAGUAGAUCGGCUUCUGAACGAAGAGAAGCAGAUGAGACUCGCGGAGAAUGUCGCCGGUACAAGGAAAGCCGCUCUCGAGAUUCUGCAGCUUUGCUUCGAAGCUAAGGACUGGAAACUUUUGAACGAGCAGAUUCUCAAUCUCUCCAAGAAACGUGGUCAGCUCAAGCAGGCUGUGCAAUCCAUGGUGCAGCAAGCGAUGCAGUAUAUCGACCAGACUCCAGACAUAGAAACUCGGAUAGAGCUUAUUAAGACGUUGAACAAUGUGUCUGCUGGAAAGAUAUAUGUUGAAAUUGAGAGAGCUCGUCUGACAAAGAGGCUUGCUAAGAUUAAGGAAGAGCAGGGUCAGAUUGCUGAGGCUGCAGAUCUUAUGCAAGAAGUUGCUGUGGAGACAUUUGGCGCUAUGGCAAAAACUGAGAAAAUUGCCUUCAUCCUUGAACAAGUCCGCUUGUGCUUGGAUCGCCAAGAUUAUGUUCGUGCACAAAUCUUAUCUAGGAAGAUCAAUCCUAGAGUGUUUGACGCGGAUACCAAAAAAGAUAAGAAGAAACCUAAGGAAGGUGACAACAUGGUAGAGGAGGCUCCUGCUGAUAUACCAACCUUGUUGGAGCUUAAGCGAAUUUUCUACGAGCUAAUGAUUCGGUACUAUACUCAUAACAAUGAGUACCUUGAAAUCUGCCGUAGCUACAAGGCGAUAUAUGAUAUCCCUUCUGUAAAAGAAACCCCAGAGCAGUGGAUUCCAGUCCUGAGGAAGAUCUGCUGGUUCUUGGUUUUAGCACCUCAUGAUCCAAUGCAAUCAAGCUUGCUCAAUGCAACUCUGGAAGACAAGAAUCUGUCGGAAAUCCCCGAUUUCAAGAUGCUUCUAAAACAGGUAGUGACAAUGGAGGUUAUUCAAUGGACGGCUCUGUGGAACAAAUACAAGGAUGAGUUUGAGAAAGAAAAAAGCAUGGUUGGGGGUUCUUUGGGUGACAAAGCUGGUGAAGAUCUGAAAUUGAGAAUCAUUGAACAUAAUAUUCUCGUUGUCUCAAAGUAUUACUCGAGGAUAACUUUAAAGAGACUUGCAGAGCUAUUAUGCCUGAGCAUUGAGGAGGCGGAGAAGCAUCUGUCGGAGAUGGUCGUGUCGAAAGCACUGAUUGCAAAAAUAGACAGACCAUCAGGAAUCGUGUGCUUCCAGAUCGCAAAGGACAGCAACGAGAUUCUCAACUCGUGGGCAGUGAAUUUGGAGAAGCUUUUGGAUCUUGUUGAAAAGAGUUGCCACCAAAUUCACAAGGAGACCAUGGUUCACAAAGCCGCACUCAGACCUUGA